CCUAUAUAGUCUUCCUUUACGCACCCAUUCCAGAACACACAAACACACACGUUGAUUAUAUAUCUUGGCAUUGGAUCAUUUGUGGCUUGUACCGAACUCUGAAUGCCGGAGAUGAAGAUGAGCAUAUGUGUGAAUGGAGAAUCCCAAGUCCCUCCAGGCUUCCGGUUUCAUCCAACCGAAGAGGAACUGUUGCAGUACUAUUUGAGGAAGAAGGUGUCCAACGAGAAGAUCGACCUCGACGUGAUUCGCGAUGUUGAUCUCAACAGACUCGAACCAUGGGACAUACAAGAGAUGUGCAAAAUAGGAAGCAGCCCACAAAACGAUUGGUACUUGUUCAGCCACAAGGACAAGAAGUACCCCACGGGAAGCCGCACCAACCGCGCCAUCAUUGUUGGGUUCUGGAAGGCCACGGGGCGCGACAAGGUCAUAUAUAGCAACGGGAAGAUAAUUGGAAUGAGAAAAACAUUGGUUUUCUACAAAGGGCGUGCCCCCAAUGGCCAAAAGUCUGAUUGGAUCAUGCAUGAAUACAGGCUAGACGACAUUAAUAACACCAAUGAGAUGGAACACGGGUGGGUGGUCUGUAGAGUUUUCAAGAAGAAGAAUGUCCCUCUCAAAACCCUAGAUAGCCCAAAAUCCAUGACCAUGAAUAUGUUUACAGAAAGCGACUACUGUGGAGGCUUCACUAACUGGGAAUCCCUUGAUCAGCUUGUGGCAUCACAACUGAAUGGACAAACUGAGACAUAUUGCAGUGAUUUGCAAUUCCCCGCAUUUCUAUCAUCCUCAUACAUUGCUACAACAACACACAUUGCUCCCACAAUACAGGAUUACCCCAGCUACGACAUUGACCUGUGGAACCACUGUGCUUCGCGCGUGUCCAACACUCCAAAUGUAACACUCUAAUCAAAUCCUUCUUUUAAUUUCUUCCCAUGUCAGAUUAUUACUACUAUUAAAUCAUCCCUAAAAUAUUCAUUUUUAAAUACUAUUAAUCGCAUAGGUAAAACAAUUUAAUUUAAUAUGUUAUAUUUAAAUAGAAAAACCGUACUUUGUUGUUUAGAUGUUUAUUGAGAAUUAUUUGAGCGCAUAUAGUAUGAUUUGGUUCCUUUAAAUUGUUACAGAACAA